CUCCGGCAGGGCGCGGCGUGCUGCGGGGCCUCCUCGGCCUCGCAGGCCUCCCUCGGCGGGCUGUUUCGGUCGCCUCUCGCUGCCGACCCCUGUGUCCGCCGUGCCGGUCGGCGUGGAGCCGUUGUUGAGGGGUGGGCCCGCUGUGGUGCAGCGACCGCUUCCUGCGGGGCGGUGGGGCUCCGGAGGGGAAGCGUGGCCCCCGGGCGGUGCUGGCGGCUUGGUGUGAUCUUAAAAACCUCGUGCCAAGAAAAUCAUUUCAAAGCCAGUCAGACUAUGGCCUUUGAAAGCAUUACACAAAAGGACUGGUAUGAAAUCCUGGGUGCUAAGCCAUCGGAUAGUCUGGCAGAACUAAAACGGAAGUAUCAAAGACUUGCUCUAUUAUAUCAUCCAGACAAGCAGAAGGCAGAUGUGCCAGCAGGAGAAGUGGAGGAGCGUGUACAGAGGUUCAUCGAAAUCGAUCAAGCAUGGAAAAUUCUAGGGAACGAAGAGACAAAAAAAGAGUAUGACCUGCAGCAGCGUGAAGAUAAUCUGACAAAAGAAUGGCCACUACAUGCACAGAUUUCCCUUGAGGAUAUGUCCUGGAAUGAAGAUGAACAAUGUUACACUCUCCCAUGUCGAUGUGGUGGGAAAUACACUGUCUUCAAGAGUGAAAUCAAGGACGUAUCUUUGGUUUGUUGUGACACAUGUUCACUCGUAAUCGAGAUCCUUCAAAGACUGUUUCCAUCAAGCACAUGAAGAGUUACAAAUUUGUAAAAAGACCGGACAAAUGGGGGACAGCAUCUGCUAAAGGAAUGUAUGUUAAAGAAAAGGGGACAGGAAUAAGUUCAAUUAGGCUUAAGAAAGGAAACAUGCACAUUAGCUAACAUAGCUCUGCAGAUAUGAGGCUUGGUUUUCCUUCUGCAGCUAAAGAGCUAGUUAAUAAAAACCUCCAGAACAGAA